AUGAAGGUUCAAACCGUCUCUGCUACUUUCGCUCUUGCCUUGAUCUCUUCGGUCCAAGCUGCUCCAGCCAACUUUGGCCCAUCCGAGACCGGUCUUUCCAAGAGACAGGAGGACAAGCUUAACGAGCUUUCUGCUUCUAUCCAGGAGUUUCAGGUGAAGAGAUCUGAGAUCGCCGACCCUGUUGAGCUUCAGGCCAGAGAGUACGCACUUGUCACUCAGAUUUUGGCUGCCAUCAACCAGACUGGUCUUGCUCCAAAGAUCAUUCAGGGUUUGAUUGACAACAAGAACCUUCAGCCAAUUGUAACACAAGCUGUCAUUGCCAUCAUCAGAUCUGGUAUCAUCUCUUUGAACACUUUGUUCACUGCUUUGAACGAGUCUGGCUUGGCUGUCAGAGUUAUCAGGGAUCUUCUUAACGACUGUACUUUCUACGAGGACAUCUUCAAAUUGGCCUUGCAGGAGAUUUCUAACUUGAUUGACAAGAUUCAGGAUAAGCUCAAUGGUGGUGAUCCUAACGUCAAGAGAUUCGCCGAUGAUGAGGAGUACGCCCUCCCACCACAGGUGAAGAGAAGCGACGAGGAGCACGAGAUGAUGAUGAAGAGAUACGACCCCGAUGGAAUUGUGAACAACUUGUUGGAGUCUUUGGCCAACUCUGGUUUGGCUUCUUCUGUCGUCAGAGCUUUGCUUGUCGACCCUCAAUUCUUGGAGUACGGUGUUGACUUGAUCAAGAAGUUGUGGGACGAGGACCUCAUUGACAUCACUGCUAUCAUCAAGGCUAUUGCUCAGUCUGGUUUGGUGACAUCGUUGUUCAAGGAGUUCUUCAACCUCGAGACUUUGAAGACUGUCAUUUUCAAUGCCUUGGCUGCCUUGUUCGGCCAGUGUGGUGGUUCCACCAUUUCCGGUACCCCAACCGGUCUUACUACCCAGUCCACUGUCACUACUACUCUUCCAACCUUCACUGCUACUGGUACCAGUGUUCCAACUGGAUGCAAGAAGAGAAGAAGAAGAAGAUCUUACAACUACUAA